AUGUUUCACACCAAGGUGGUGAACAGGCGCCGCGGUGUUGCGUGGUUUGUGGAGUUCUACAAUAGUUGGUGCGGUCACUGUAUGACCUUUACCCCCAUCUGGAAGAGGGUAGCGCUGGAUUUUGCAAACUGGCGGGACAUAGUGAUGAUUGCUGCCAUUGAUUGCUCCCAGAAGGAUAACUUGCCGACAUGUAGAUCGCGAAAUCGAACUGUUUAUCCUCUUGUGCGGAUGUACCCACCUGUCGAUUCAAAGGGGUCCGGAGUCAUGGAAGUUAGGGCAGAGACCCUGGAGACCUUGAAGGAUCAGAUCAUGGAGCAUGUUGUCAAAUAUGCCUCUGCUAGCUGGCCGGAUCUCACAGCGCUCAGACAGCUGGAUGAUAUUUGGAAGAACAAGAAGCCGAAUCACAAACAUGACUUGGUGAUAUUCGAAGAAGACACCUCCAUGCUCGGAACCCAGGUGAUUCUGGAUCUGAGAGAUGUGGACAACGUCAAUGUCCGGAGAAUGGUCAAGAGAGACGUGGAUAGUCUAGACAUCUUCAUGUACCCAAGCUUGUAUAGGGUCAGCUCGGACUACACAUACGUCAUGGUGGCCAUGGGCAGUAACAACACCGCCGAAGAUCGCCUUGCCUUUGUUCGGGUGGCUACAACUUUGGCCAGGCAUACACCGGACACCACUCAGUCUCCUGCUGGACAUGCAGGUCAGGGUCCAGGUGGUGAGGGCGACAGUUCCCUUACUCUGGAGAGACACAAUGCGUCGUCAGUGAGUAUGCAAGAUCUAGAAUCAGCGUUACAUUACUGUUUACGACAUGAGGUGGCUAUGAACAGUGCCAUUGACACGACCAAGUUUCAUUCUCUACAAAAUUUUAUCAAAGUUCUUGUUAAGUACUUCCCUGGUCGACAGCCAGUUCGAGGCUUUUUGAGUCGGGUGUCCGAGAUGUUGGCCAAGUUGAGAUCUCCGAAUAUCUCCGGCACUGACUGGACAGAGAAGAUUGAUCAUCUGCAGGACAAGGACCACUUCCUCCCAGAGAGCACCAGAUGGGAGUCUUGCCAGGGCAGUUUCCCUCAGUACCGAGGCUACCCUUGCAGUAUGUGGAUGCUGUACCACACGCUAACUGUACAAGCUUACAUUCAGAGUGCAGAGACACAUGAUAUCAGAGCUGACGAAGUCCUCUUGGCUGUGCGAGACUACAUGAAAGAUUUCUUUGGCUGCCAGGAGUGCUCCAGAAACUUCCUGUGGCUGACUCGCUCCAUCAAGACUAAAGUGGUUAACCACAAAGCAGCGGUUUUGUGGCUGUGGGAAAGCCACAACAGUGUCAACCAGCGGCUCCAUGGAGACCCAUCUGAAGACCCAAAGUUCCCCAAGAUAGAGUUCCCAUCUGAAAACAUGUGUCCUCACUGCCGGGUUCGAACCUUCCCAGCUACUGGAUCCACCUGGUCCUGGGACACCACGAGAGUAAUGGAAUUUCUCGUGAAAUUCUACUCCCCAGCGAUAUCCACUAACCUACUGCAGACAUCAGCAGUUAUAGAGACGGUUACACAACCUGAACAGGACAUUACGUUGCGUCAGAUAAAAGCACACAUAGUCGAGAUUUUGAAACAGCCGGAUGCAGACAUACAGCCAGGCAUGCGCACCAGAAGAAUCCAGCAGCCCACAAAACCAGCCAUUAUAGUCAAUGACAGUGACCUGUUUUAUCUGUACCUAGAGGAGUCCAAACAUUUCGGUCACUGGAUGUCGGACACACAUAGGUUGACACAGUUUGAUGUCAUCGUCUGGAUCGUGUUCUAUGCCACAAGUGCCCUGGUUUUGAUUCUCUUUGGCUAUUGUCUAAUUUCUAAAGGUUGUCGCACCUGGAGGAAGCAUUAUUAG